AUGGAGAAGUAUCGAUGUGAGCAAGAGUUGAAUGAAAAUGACGCCAUACAGCACGUGGAGGAUACUGAUACAACCAAAGAUGAUAGACCACCAUGGGAGGUUAUUGAACGCUGUUGGGUACUCGAUGAUACGGCAAUAUUAGGUCGACCGCUUGUUAAAGUCCCUUGGGUAUCUGAAGAUCGACCUGCCUUCAAUUUCCGUAUGGCCGCCAGAAGGGGUAUGUCUUCGUUAAAGAGACUUACUUCCGGACAGUAUGACCAGUUCGAAAAGGCCUUGAAGGUUUACAUCAACAAGGGUUUCUGCGAUAUAGUUAAAGAUAACAGUCAGGAUGGUUACUCCCAACCUCCUACUGCGACAGAGUGUCAGACGGUUUGGAAGAGACUUACCGAUAAGGGUGCUUUGAAGGGAACCAUAGUCACUAUGCCUAGGCAUUUCACGCCAUCGCAUAUGGUCUUUAGAGAAGAUCACGUGACUACCCCAUGUCGCAUAGUCUUAGACUAUCGAGAGAUGAAUCGGUACUGUUUCAAAGGUGGCAAGUCUCAGAACGACCUGUUGGGAGUAUUGCUGCAUGUCAGAGGGUUCAAAUAUGUCAUUGGUUCCGACAUAUCGAAGGCGUUCUGUCAAAUGGUCUCAUCGUUGGAGGAUCUACCACAUUCUGGAUAUACUUGUAUUGGUCCGUUUACGGUGCUAUGGUAUAGGGUAUCCUUUGGGAGCACGGCAGCUCCUAAUAUGCUGGAAGCCUCAUCCCAUGAUGUUGGUAAGGAGAUAGUGGAUAUGGUAGGUAGCCUCCCACCAGGUGAAGACAGUUUGGUGGAGGCAAAUAGGUUAGAUGACCAAAAGGUGUUCCGAGCUUUAUUGAGGCCAACUGUAGACGCAGUUAGGUAUGUCAAAAAUGGUCCUGCGAUACCCCGCAAGCUGGUGUUCGAGAAGUUCGUUGAUGACUUCUUUUUUGGUGGUGAUACUCUAGAAGAAGUGAGGUCCUGUAGGGAAUUUGUUGGACAUAUGUUCGAAGGACACGGCUUCGUUACGGAUCCUUUGAAGGACCUGGUUGCUGCCUACGGUGGUGUGGUUGGUGAAGAGGAUAAACCGGAUGGUCAUAUAUUGGGUUACUCCCUGGUUAUGGCUACAGAUGCGCUACGAGCCUUAUUUUCGGGAAAUCAGCCUGAAUCUAAGGUCACUAAACGAGCGGCUUGUGCGAUCCUCUCAUCGUUGUACGAUCCUAUGGGAUUAUUCCUGGAGUUGGAUUUUGCUGGCCGUUUCCUAUGGCGGGAUAUUUGUAAGUCAUGUAAGGAGUGGUCUACCUAUCUGGACCUACCGUCGGUUCGAAGGUUGAAGGAAUGGGUUAACGAGGUUCAGAAGGUUACUGCUGAAGACAGUGUUCAGCGUUAUAUAGACCUUGGUGCUGAGGCUUUAUUGGUAUGUACCGAUGCUUCGGUUGAAGCAUGGGGAGUUGACGUACGUUGUACAGGAGAGUUUGUAAGGUAUCGGUUGGUCGCCCGAGGGGGAUUGUACCCCCCUGGUCAAACGUCAUGGUCGAUACCGAGGAAGGAACUGGUUGCUCUCCAUCGAGGUCUUCAAUUCGUUCGGUCUGUGUCUAGUUAUUUGCCGAUGAAGAUGGUUCAAGGUUUACAUGAGAGUGAAGUACGGCCCUUGACGCCAUCGUAUACCCCCAAGCAGGUGACGCUUCUCUGUGACAGUGAGAUUACGGUUUAUAGGCUGCGCCGACCGGCUAAUGAUAAGAAGUUGCCGGCACCGGAACGAAGAAGAUUAGCUGAGGUUCGAGAAAUGUGUAAAGAGUUGGACGUUAUUGUUCGGCACGUCCCGACACAGCUGAACCUAGCUGACUCUAUAUCUCGUGGCAAUUAUGGUAUGACAAAGUCCAUCAAGCAUCACGAGGUGCUCGCUAGUCUGUUGUCCUCGAGUGUGGUUUAUGAUUAUCGAGAGGCAACGCAAGAAGGCGAUAUGGAGGUGAACUGUAUUAACAGCGAGCGGUUGUAUGGAGUGACGGUUGUGAACAGUGAUGGAAUUGAUGUACCCGAUUUGGACGGUUUGGAGGGUGAUGAAUACGAGGAGCUGAUCGAGCUCCAACGAUAUGCAAGACCGAAUGGAAGAGUUGGAGAAGGAUUGUUGAAUGAUGAAGAUUUUACGACUUGUUUGAGGCGGUGUGUGAAGAGAUGUCAGGUUUCGGAUGAGGAUUUACGGCAAUUCAGGGAAUACCUGCUGAAGAGGUUGAAGAGAAGUGAGCUAGGCAUCCGAGCUAAGGUCAUGCACCGUAUGAGUAAGAUUUGUUAUAUCGACAAUGAUGGAUUGGUUCACCGUCGUCCCAGCUCUGAGGAUGAAGGAGUUCGAGAGCAGGGUAGAGGUGUAGUUUAUUUGGGCCAAUCGGAGUUCUCUGAGAAGUUUAUAAGGUUAUUGGCGGUGGUCUACCAUUAUGUCUAUACUCAUCUUGGGUCAAGAAGGUUGUGUAGGAAGUUGAAGAUGAAGUAUUAUAGAAAGGGUAUGGACAGAUUGGUUAAGAAGACGGUAGCUUCGUGUAUACCCUGCCUACGGGCUAGGACAGCUCGAAUGUUGGAUUAUGUGAACUCACAAGUGCAACAACUUGUCGUAGGCGGAUUAUGGCAAGUAGUUGGAGCUGAUAUAGCUGGUCCGUACAAUGAGGAUUGUGAGGCGAAUGAUGAGGUUGAGAAGUACCUACUGUUGGUUCACGACCAUGUGUCUGGAUUCACGUGUGUGCGUCCCUUGAGGAGUUGUAAGCCGAAGACAGUUGCUCUCGGGUUAGAUUCCAUCUUCUGUGAGCAUGGGUCGCCGAGGGUGCUACUCACCGAUAACGAUAGGGUUCACUUCAUACGAAAGGAUGUGAAGUUAACGUUGGCGAAGCAUGGAGUCAAAUAUUAUACCCUACCCGGAUACUCCCAGUAUUUGAGCUUCUGGGAGAGGCCCCAUAAGGAUUUCGUGGAAGUAACUAGAGCGACACGGGCCUCAGGGUCGGCUAUGGUUGAUAGAGGGUCAUAUAUUGAGGACUAUAUGCUAGCGGUGAGAGCGUACAACGUUACACCCCGUAUAUGGUGUAAUGUGAGUCCGGCGGAGUUGCAUUUCACUUAUGGUGUGAGAUUACCAGGAGAGCGAGGAGAGUUGGUAGAUUGUGUCGAUUGGGAUUCGCUGAGGUUGAAGUAUAUCGAUACUGAUGUUGUGGAGUUUGUGAGAGAUAACCUACCAGUGUUGGAGUCGGCGAGAGAAAGCAUUGCUGCUAGUUUAGCUGAGUAUAUGGAUUGCUGGAGGUUGAAGCAGGAGGCGAAUUUCGAGCGUAUGGCAAUGGAUGGUCAGCGGGACUAUAGUCCUAGGUUGUAUGAUGUGGUAUUUGUGAGUAGAUCACCAGAAGUGAGGAUAGGUCACCACUUGGAUGUUAUAUGGUCAGGGCCCUAUACGAUUAGUUCUCUGAAGGGUACGGCCACCGUUGGAGUGGUAAAGGGGGUAUUGUUGCCUUACUUCGGAGGAGUGAAGGAAUCUGACGAUGGGCAGAGUUUAGUGGUACCUAUAGUCUACGGUGAAGAAGAAGUGUUCUCGCUGAAGAAUGUGAAGCACGCGGGUGCUCUCCAGGAAGUGAUUUAUGCGCACCUCGCAAAAGGUCGAAGGGUUUAUGUUGAUGCUGAUGGUACGAUCCAGACCUUGGAGUUGAAAGAUGGUUGUGAACAAGAGAGUGAUGGUCAAAGGAUUAGAGAAGCACGUACACGUACAGCUGUUGAGAGAGGGUUGGCAGCGUGGCGACGACAAGUAGAACGUGGCCGAGUGAGAGAUUCUGAUGAAGAGGGUAUUGUGGACGACCACGACAACGAUGUUGUAUCGGCCGAAGAAGAUCAUGUCAACGUGGACGAUGCCGUAGAGGAUUACUAUUCGGGUGAUCACGAGUACAGCAGUGCCCCUGCACUCCCUCCAGGAGUGAGAGGUGACACUCUCAACGUGCACGGUGAUCACAAGAUGUCGACUAGUCCGAUACCUGAAACACCACUGGAGGAAGAUAACUCUUCCGAGGAAGGCGGUCUUGAAGGUUCGGUGGAGGUUGAUUUACGAUUUCUUCGAGAACGUCUGGGGGUCUCUAAGUCUCUAAGAUUUGGGAGAUUUCUGGAGUCUUUACCGCCUGAAUAUUCCAUGGUCCUCGUGGUUCACGAGUCCUACAAGGGUUUGGCGAAGGUUCUCGAAGGUUAUUGCGACGCCAAUAACGGUUCCAUUGAAGACGUUGGUUUACGUGAAGCCCUGGUCAUCGAUAUGGACAAGAAGGAUGAUUCGAGACUUGACGAGUCUCUUGAAUAUUAUUCGGAUAUAGCUUGA